CCUUCCUAGGACUGUCCUCUCGCCGCAGCAAGGUCGCGCAGGCGCAGAGAGGCGCGGGGCCGAAGCAGUGUCCGAGAUCGGGCAUAACCAAGAUGGUCGCGGGGUUCGGGGCUGCAACCCAGAGACCUCCCCGAGGAGGUGAUCGGCUACACACCGGAGGAGAACUCCGGCGCCAACAGCUGCGGGAGCUCCGGCGCCGCUGGCUCAAAGACCAGGAGCUGAGCCCCCGGAAACCGGUCCUUCCCCCGCGGAAGCUCGGCUUUGUGGAAGCUUUCUGGCAGCGCUUCCUUCAGCCCGAGAAGUUGUGGAAGAGACAGGUAUUCAAAAUCUACAAUGCUGGAAAAUUUACUAUAAUUAACCUUAUUAUUCCUCUCUGGAUUGCCCAUUAUCUUGUCAAGUAUCAUGCCCAGCUUACUCCCCAUGGUAUUGUUCAGCAAAAACCUACAAUAUAUCCAGGAGACAGGGUGGAGGAAAAAGGAAUUCCCUCAGCGCCAUAUGGAACUGCAGCAGAAAUACCAUUUUGUGAAGACUGAGAGACUCUAAGACCUGUAAAAUGAAAACGCUUACUUUAUUGUUUCCUAUAUAAAUGAAUAUAUACUUCAAAAUGGACAAUAAGAAAUGUAAUGAUUUUGGCUAAUGUGCGUACAUGUGGGAGGUGGUGCUAUGCUGGAAUAGUAUCUAAGAAUAGUCACUAAUCAUGUAUAGAUACUGAAUCCAACAAAAAGUAUUUUGGUUAUUGAUAGGCCUUAGAAAACAUACAACAUAGAAACAACAUUAAAAGAUAAAUAAAUGAAAUAAA